CGGUUGCUUGGUCUUUUAAUCCUCCCGGCCCCAAAGGCAAGCUUGCGUCUUGAUUUUUAUUUUUAUUUUUGCUAGCUCCCUCAUUACACCACCAUCUCCCCCCUCAUACACAGGAUUCCCCUGUUCCCGUACAUAUCCCUCGGUCUAGCCUCUAAUUGCUUCAUCUACCAUCUGCAAUGGCGUCCAACCAGGUUCCCAACUUCACGCCCAGCGACUAUGUCAAGUUCUUCAGCGCGGGUGCCCUCGCUGCCACCCUCACCCACGGCGCUGCGACCCCAAUUGAUGUGGUCAAGACGAGAAUCCAAGUCGACGAUGCAAUGAAGGGCAUGAACAUGGUCCGCGCCGCGCGCACCAUCAUCGCCAACGAAGGCCCCGCCGCCCUGCUCACCGGCUUUGGCCCUACUGCUGUCGGCUAUCUCGUCCAGGGCGGUGGUAAAUUCGCCGGAUACGAAUUCUUCAAGAAGAAGUUUAUCGAGCUUUCGGGCGGCCCUGAAAAAGCAAUCCCCAACCGUACGGCGAUUUACCUCGGUGCCAGCGCCACGGCCGAAUUCUUUGCCGACAUCCUGCUUUGCCCUCUCGAGGCUACCCGCAUUCGCCUUGUUUCGCAGCGCGGCUUCGCUACCGGCUUGACGAGCGGCUUUAUGCGCAUUGCUAGAGAAGAAGGCCUUCGCGGCUUUUACUCUGGGUUUGUCCCCCUCCUGUUCAAGCAGGUUCCGUAUGCUGUCGGCCAGUUCUCCGUCCACGAGGGUGUCAACGAGGUCAUUUUCCGCAGCAUGGGAGCUGAGCGCAAGGCCAAGCUCACACAGCUCGAAUCUACCGGUGUGGAGCUGACGUCCGGUAUUAUUGCUGGUGCUGCCGCUGCCGUGCUCUCCCACCCCGCCGAUACGCUCCUCUCUGCUAUGAACAAGGGCGCUGGUGACCCCAAGCAAGGUGCUACGAGCAGGAUGUUUCAACUAGCCAAGGAAUUCGGCCCGAAGCGUCUGUUACUAACUGGUCUUGGGCCCAGAUUGGUCAUGACUUGCGGUCUCGUCUCUGGCCAGUUUGUCAUUUACGCCCAGUGCAAGGCACUAACUGGAGCCCCUCCUGGUAUUGAAAUCCAUAAGGAGGCUGAUAUUUAGAAGGAAGCAAGUUUGGGCUUCACGUUAAUUUAUUUUGUUACAAUGUUGGACACGGCGUUUGGCGUGGGUUGAUGGCAUCUAUACAGACGGACGGAUUCGGUACUCUAGGUCCUACAAUCACGAUUUUAUUUUUACAUCGACUUUUGUCUGCGCGCUUCCAGCUCUAGACUCGCAUCUGGAAACUCUUGUUAGACUAGAGUACUAAUAGUAGCAGGCCGUAUUGUCAUCGAUCGUUGGUAAUCUGCCGGUGUCUAGAUGCUCCUAUACACUGAGUCUGAUUCUCAAAUACUACGGAUGGAGAUGUAUCUGCCGUCACAUUACCAUCCCGAAACGAAUAAUGAGCGCCGUGCCAUUCACAGAUAUCAACAUCGGGGCGAGACUGCAGACGUGUUUUAAAAUAUCGGUAAGGCUACUUCGGUUCAACCUACCUUUGAAUAUAAUGAAUUAAAUGAAGGUGAAAUAAGAUAAAUACACCUAACAUUGUUUAGUGCUGCUAAAUUAUCACCAACAGAUAUUGGUCCUGAAGAGCUUUCGUUUACAACCGGCCAAGUUUCUUGUUUGGUACGGCAGAGCCUUUGCUGGGGUAGAAGAUACGGGAUUGCUUUUGCUACGACCAACACAAAACCAG